UAAGUAUUUUUUUUUUCAGGAUGACCCUACUUUUGGGUCCUCCAGGUUCAGGGAAAACUACAUUGCUUAAGACACUUGCAGAGUCUCUUGAUCGGAAUUUAAGGAUUAGAGGAAGAAUUACUUAUUGUGGACAUGAACUAAAUGAAUUUGUUGCUAGAAGAACAUGUGCUUAUAUUGGUGAACAUGACCUUCAUUAUGGAGAAAUGACUGUGAGAGAGACAUUAGAUUUUUCAGGACGUUGUUUAGGUGUUGGAACAAGGUAUCAAAUGUUAGAGGAACUUUUAAGAAGGGAAAUAGGAGCAGGAAUUAAGCCAGACCCUGAGAUUGAUGCAUUCAUGAAGGCUACAUCACUAUCAGGCCAAAAAGCCAGUUUGAUAACAGAUUAUGUUCUCAAGUUGCUUGGAUUGGAUAUUUGUGCUGACACCAAAAUUGGUGAUGACAUGACAAGGGGUAUCUCUGGAGGACAAAAGAAGCGAGUCACAACAGGGGAGAUGCUAGCUGGACCGGCAAAAACACUUUUCAUGGAUGAAAUAUCAACAGGAUUAGAUAGUUCAACAACUUUUCAAAUAACCAAGUUCAUGAGACAAAUGGUUCACAUAUUAGAUGUAACAAUGGUGAUUUCUCUUCUACAACCAGCACCAGAGACAUUUGAACUCUUUGAUGACAUUAUACUACUUUCAGAAGGUCAAAUUGUAUACCAAGGACCGCGUGAAAACGUGUUAGAGUUUUUCGAAACCAUCGGUUUCAAAUGUCCUUCAAGAAAAGGAGUAGCAGAUUUUUUACAAGAAGUGACAUCGAAAAAAGACCAACAACAAUAUUGGUUCAGAAACGAUAAACCUUACAGAUAUGUUUCAGUUUCUGAAUUUGUUGAUUGUUUUAAUUCAUUUCAUAUCGGAGAGAAACUUGUGGAAGAACUUAAGGUUCCUUAUGAUAAAAGAAAAACUCACCCAGCUGCAUUAGUGAAAGAAAAGUUUGGAAUAUCAAAUUGGGAACUAUUGAAGGCAUGUUUAUCAAGAGAAUGGUUACUUAUGAAACGCGGAAAUGCUGUUUUUGUAUUCAGAAAUAUACAAUUAGCAAUGAUGGCGAUUUUCCUAGCUACCUUGUUCCCUAGAACUAUCAUGCCUUUUGGAAGUGUUGAAGAUGGACAAAAAUACUUUGGAGCAUUGUUUUUUACUAUGUCGACUAUGAUGUUUCAUGGUGGAGCUGAACAAUCCUUGCUUGUUGACAGGCUUCCUGUCUUUUACAAACAAAGGGAUUUCAUGUUCUUUCCUGCAUGGGCAUUUGGGUUACCUAUGUGGCUUCUUAGGAUCCCCUUCUCAUUUAUUGAACCAAUCAUUUGGAUUCUACCUACAUACUAUACAAUUGGAUUUGCUCCAUCAGCUAGCAGAUUAUUUCGACAUUAUCUCGUAUGUGUUAGCAUUAACAACAUGUCUCUUGGUCUAUUUCGACUUGUUGGUGCUAUUGGUAGAACACAAGUUCUUUCAAACAUACUUGCUGGUUUGACCUAUCAACUUGUAUUUGUUCUUGGAGGAUUCAUCGUCGCUAAAAAUGAUAUUAAGCCAUGGAUGUUAUGGGGCUAUUAUGUUUCUCCUAUGUCAUAUGGUCAAAAUGCCAUUGUAAUAAAUGAAUUUUUAGAUGAAAGAUGGAGCAAACCAAUUACAGACCCUAUAGAUAAUGCAACUACUGUUGGGAAAUUACUUCUUAAAGCUAGAGGAUUUUAUACACAAGACUAUUGGUAUUGGAUAUGCAUUGGAGCCUUGUUUGGAUUUUCUCUUCUUUUCAACUCUCUCUUCAUUCUCGCAAUAACUUAUUUGAAUCCUAUAGAUGGUUCAAAUGCAUUCGUCGAGGAUGAAGGUGACGCGAAGAAUGAGAAUUUAACCCUUAUACAAAAUACAAAUAAAGGUUCUGCAGAAAGUAGUUCUUUAAAUGAAGAACGAAGAAAGGGAAUGGUUUUACCGUUUCAACCUCUUUCACUUGCAUUCAAUCAUCUGAACUACUGUGUAGAUAUGCCUGUUGAAAUGAAGAGUAAGGGAAUCAAUGAAGAUAGACUUCAACUACUACAUGAUGUUAGUGGUGCUUUCAGACCUGGAAUAUUGACAGCACUUAUGGGUGUUAGUGGUGCCGGAAAGACAACCCUCAUGGAUGUAUUAGCCGGAAGAAAAACAGGCGGAUACAUUGAAGGAAGUAUUAACAUUUCUGGUUAUCCAAAAAAUCAAACAACAUUUGCUCGAGUUAGUGGUUAUUGUGAGCAAAAUGACAUUCAUUCUCCCUAUGUUACUGUCUAUGAAUCUUUACUAUUUUCUGCAUGGCUUCGUCUUCCUUCAGACAUUGACACAAAAACAAGAAAGAGGUUUGUUGAACAAGUCAUGGAAUUAGUUGAGCUUACACCAAUCAAAGAUGCACUUGUAGGCUUUCCAAGAGUGAAUGGUUUAUCAACAGAACAAAGAAAAAGGCUUACUAUUGCUGUGGAAUUGGUUUCUAACCCUUCCAUCAUCUUCAUGGAUGAACCAACAUCAGGCCUUGAUGCUAGAGCCGCUGCUAUCGUCAUGCGAACUGUUAGAAACACAGUAGACACAGGGAGAACUGUUGUGUGCACAAUUCACCAACCAAGCAUUGACAUUUUUGAAGCUUUUGAUGAGCUAUUGUUGAUGAAAAGGGGAGGACAAAUUAUUUAUGCAGGACCUCUUGGUCAUCAAUCACAUAAGCUUAUAGAAUAUUUUGAAGCUAUUGAGGGGGUUCCAAAAAUCAAUGUCGGAUAUAAUCCUGCCGCAUGGAUGCUUGAGAUCAGUAGUGCUUCAACUGAGGCCCAACUUGGUGUAGAUUUUGCAGAGAUUUAUGCCAAUUCUACACUUUACCGAAGGAACCAAGAGCUUAUCGAAGAAAUCAGUACUCCUACACCAGGUUCCACGGACUUAUUCUUCCCAACCAAAUAUUCUCAACCAUUUUUUGUGCAGUUCAAAGCUUGUUUCUGGAAACAAUAUUGGUCGUAUUGGAGAAAUCCUCCAUAUAAUUGUGCUCGAUUCAUUUUCACAAUAUCAAUCGGAUUAUUGUUCGGACUCAUUUUUUGGGAUAAAGGCCAACAUUUCCAAAAACAACAAGAUUUAUUUAAUCUUAUGGGAGCUAUGUUUGCUGUUGUAAUGAUCCUCGGAACCAUUAAUAUUAUGGGAGUGCAACCAGUUGUUGACAUGGAACGAAUUGUCUUAUAUCGCGAAAAAGCUGCAAGAAUGUAUUCUGAAUUGGCUUAUGCAUUUGGUCAGGUGGCAAUAGAGAUAAUUUACAACUUAAUUCAAGCAGCCAUAUACACUACUCUUAUUUAUUCCAUGAUUGGGUUUGAAUGGAAUGCAGCAAGAUUCUUCCUUUUGUACUAUUUUUUGUCAAUGUGUUUAAUCUUCCUCACCUUGUAUGGGAUGAUGUCAGUUGCUUUAACCCCAAGUUACCAACUUGCUUCUAUUUUUAGUCCUGUCUUCACCAGUAUAUGGAACUUGUUUUCUGGCUUUGUCAUUCCUAGGACGCAAAUUCCUAAAUGGUGGAGAUGGUUCUAUUGGGCUUCUCCCAAUGCUUGGGCAAUCUAUGGCAUAGUUACAUCUCAAUUAGGUGACAAAAAUGAUCAAAUUGAAGUCCCAGGAGUUGGAUACAUGAGUGUUAAGGAAUUUCUCAAACAAACUUAUGGUUUUGAAUAUGACUUUUUACCUUGGGUUGCUAUUGCUCAUGUGGGUUGGGUUCUUCUUUUCUUGUUUUUUUUCGCAUAUGCCAUGAAAUUCCUAAACUUUCAAAAAAGAUAGGUUGAUAUCUUUUUUGAAAAUUAGAGGGUCUUUUCUUUAAAAAAUAUUAUCUCGCGAUCAUAACUCAGUUGAUACAAUCAUAUUAUAUAUGGAAUUUAAAUCCAAGAUUUCUCACUUAUUUAUUCAA